CUGGUUUCAACAUGUAACAAGUGAAAUGUUUCUAAUUCCUGAGGGGAAACAGGUUUAAACAGGCUGUAAUGUCACAGCUUCUGUCAGCAUAGAAUGUAUUUCUUUCUACCAGCCAGGCGACCGGUCACUCCUUUGUCUGAGAGGUUAACUGGAUAAUUUGCUGAUGGAACCACCUUCAUAUGAGGAAGCCAACAGCCAUCGUUCCAUUCAGUCUUCAGGACAACAUAACCACUCCUCUCCUCCAGCCUAUACUUCCGCCCAGUCCCCAUCUACACCUCCUCCAACAUAUGGAGAGGCUGUUUACCCAAGUGCUUUUCCUGUCUUGACUCCACCCUCUGGGCAAACUGCUGUGGCUACAUCAUCUGAAAACUCCAGAGUCACAGUCCACCCACUUACACAAAUUGGUGAACGAGCCUCCAGAGGCAGCAGAGCUCCGACAGUAGCGGUCGUGUCCCAGCCACAGCCAGUUCCCAUCAUACUGAACAGUCUGAGAGACUCUCCUGGAUUUGUUCACUGUCCUCACUGCCUUGAGCUUGUCACCAGUAACGUUACGUAUGUGGCUGGGAGGACUGCUGUGUGCUCAUGUAUCAUUAUGGCUUUAAUGGGGUUAUUCUGCGGUUUCUGUCUGAUUCCACUGUGCAUGAGAGGACUGCAAGAUGCACAUCAUUCCUGUCCACAAUGUGGCAAGAAACUGUACAUUUAUGAAAGAUGACAUGCUGUCUGGAUCCAUGAAGCUCCUGUUUUUCUCCAUCCACUCAGGAUCUCAUUAAAUAUGUUGAAAAUUUUGCUAAUUAAAUUGUCAUAUGACUGCGUCACAUGCUGCAUACACUGCAAUUUUUCUGAGCUUUUAACUCAAACUAAAUGUAGGUUCUCUUUGGCAAGAAGGAAAAGCCACAUUUAAGAUUCAUCACAGCAGGAAAGAAAUAUCACACCUUAAUGAAUGCUUGCAGGUAGACCCCAACUUCCUGAUGACUGCAUAGAUAAGCAUGUGAAAACUUAUCUGGAAAGAUGUAUGUUUGCCAUACAUCUCAAACAGCUGAUACAGGUUGAUGUGUUCAACAUUUUAAGAUACUUUUUAUAAGUAUUUCUAGAUUAUUUAUAGUUGAAAUGCAUGGCGUAGUAGGUGAACAUUAAGUGUAUUUUUGAUGUUUUCUAUAAAUGUUUGAAGUUGUUAAAAUGCUCAAAUGAGAAAAGAAGCAGAAGCAGUUUUAACAUGUUUGUAAAACCUCAGACUGUAAGAAAUAUUAUCUUUUGUCACUUAUUUUAAUUUAGCUUUUUGUUAUUAUCAAAAGUUUAGUUCAGAUUUUUUUAAAUUGGGGUCUUUAGGGGAGGUUUAUGAUGAUAAUGUUUAGUGUACUACGGAGCAGAAAGCUGACAUCUUUCUUUCUCCCUACAUCCAGUGGGUGAUGCAGAUUGAAACAAUCGAUAGUAGCCACACAGGCACACCUACUUGAAGAGUAUUUCUGAACCUUUUUUGGGCCAGCGCCCCCCUAGCCUUUAUCCAGGUCCCUCACUGCCCCCCACCAAAGAAUUUGUAGGCUACUUUGCAAUACAAAUUCUUACACAAAAUUCCUCUUUACACAAAAUGUGACAGGUGCAAAAGUAUGGGCAUCUCAACAAAAAAGGAACAUUAAUAUUUAGUAGAUCCUCCUUUUGCAAAAAUAACAGCUCUGAGCUCUGCAACAUUAAAACAU